AUGCAGCAGGGUGUCCAUCUGGGCAAGAUUGUCGUGUCAAUGCGCAAUGCAGCUGGCGAGGUCGCUCUGAGCGAGAGCGAGAACGUAGUACACCAAAAGAAGGUCACUCAGUUUGAUAGCUCUGGUUCUUAUUUACUUGUUGGUGGCGUGGGAGGCUUGGGUCGCUCUAUAUCUACAUGGAUGGUCGAACGAGGGGCUCGUCACCUCAUUUACCUUUCUCGUAGCGCAGGAACGACCGACGCGCACUUGGAGUUUUCUCAAGAGCUUGCCAGCAUGGGGUGUCGCGCAGACUUUGUCCAAGGAACCGUUUCGAAUUUGGAUGAUGUCACCAAGGCCAUGAAACAGGCUCAUGGACACCUUAAGGGCAUCUUUCAGAUGUCUAUGGUUCUCCGUGAUCAGAGUUUCCCGCGCAUGACGAAGAGCGAGUGGGAUACUGCUGUUGAUCCCAAGGUUAAGGGAACGUGGAACCUUCACCAGGCCUCCACCUCUAUUAACGCAGACCUUGACUUCUUCGUUAUGUUCAGCUCCCUGUCUGGUAUUUUUGGACAGCCAGGCCAGACUAACUAUGCAGGUGCCAAUACCUUCAUGGACGCCUUUGCUCAGUACCGCUCCAACCUGGGGCUUCCAGCCUGCGCCAUUCAGAUAGGUGCCGUUGAAGAAGUGGGAUAUGUAGCAGAGAAUGAGGGGGUCAUGCAACGGUUUGCCCAUACUGGUGGCUCAGAGGGCGCUAUCUCCGAGCAGGAGCUUCUUGAAGCCGUCGAGGCAGCCGUGAAUUCGACAUCGGGGAACUUCUAUCUUGGUAUCCGGUCCAACAUGUGCUUGUAUAACCCAGGCGAACGUUCUCUCUGGAAGGGUGAUAUUCGCAUGGCGGCCUUUCAUAACAAUGAAGAUUCCAAUUCUACAGCAGCUGGGUUCUCCAGCGACGAUCUGCAGUCCUUCAUCACUAAGGCGAAGGGGGACGCUGAUUUACUGGGUCAGUCCGAGUCUGCUCAGUUCCUUGCUCGAGAGAUCGGAAGGAAGGUGUGCGAUUUCUUGUUGAAGCCAGAGGAAGAGUUGCAGACAUCAUCCUCUCUGUCGGAUCUCGGGUUGGAUUCCCUCGUUGCUAUUGAGUUGAGACAGUGGUGGAAGUCGGUUUUCGGGUUCGAUAUCAGUGUGCUCGAAAUGAUGGGAAUGGGGAGUCUAGAUGCUCUUGGAGCGCACGCUGCCAAAGGCAUGCUGCGCUUGUUUCAUGGUGUUGAGGAAUAA